AAGAGCAGCUGCAGCUGUGGUCUAGGCAAAUCCGUACGCGCAUCGCAUACCGCGGCUAACAAAGUACAUUAGUACACACGCACAGUAGCGGUUCGUCGUCGUAGUCGACGCGUAGACAAUAAUAAUAAUAAUAAUAAUAUUAUAUUCUAUACAAAUAAAAUUCAUCAUUGGAACGGGGCCGACGCCGCCGCCGACGGAAGUAAGAAGAACUACUACUUAGAAACAUAUUAUUAAGAAGAAUAUUUUAUGGCUGGGUUCUCCUGUACUCGUUAACGUAACCGCGCCGACUACUCGACUCGCAUUUUCAUUUUUUUUUUUUUUUUUUACCAUUAAUUUUCUAAUAUUGAUAAGCAACUCGACUGUUACCCACUAUCUACAUUCUGUACCGUUACCGUCAUUGUCGUUUGUACACGAAAUUAAUAAUAAUAAUAAUAAUAAUAAUAAUAAUAAUAGUAAUAGUUUAUAGUAAUCAUUAAUCCGUAGUCUUCACACUUCAGCUUUCACUCUCGCCGCGUGAUAGUCCGUCGCCGAAAUCGCACAAGCGCCAACGAUCAGCAUUUAUCGCCGGACUAGACAGCACAGUUGCAGACGAACAGUGCGCAAAACUCGACCACCGCCGCUGCGAAUCGAACACGGACAGAUUUAUAGUAAAUUAUGAUUACCUCUACUCGCUUAUCAUCGCGAUUCACGGCAAUAUUACAGUAAUAGUUAACUAUAUUAGGUAGCAAUAAAUAUUUUCAAUACACACGUAGUACCUAUCGUACCUAUAAUACGUAGCCGCCAGUGUCAGUUUUCCACCUCCACCCACAGUCUACGCGAUCACAGAGGUGUGUGUGUGUGUAUGUGUGUGCGCGUGGAGUGAUUGCGAUUUGUGAGAAACAGUGUUAGUGUGCGUGAGUGCGCUUUAGCGUUACUUUACGUCCUAGUUCCGAUAACAUUUAAUUGAAUUUUCGGUGUGUUUUUCGUCUGCGCGAGACCAGUCCCGAGACUGCCACCUCCUCACUGCCGCCGUUGAAGUGCGUCGCCGAGCGUCACCAACUGCGAGUCCAGUGCGAGGUGCGAACGGAGUCUUUUAUUUUGCUUUUUUUCCGCCACCUCUUCCCUGUCGUGCCCAAGUCGAUCUUUGGGUUUACCACCCAUCCCUCUGUUGACAUGAUUUUCGUUGCUACGGUCGCGCGGGAAUGAGUGUGAGCUCGAUCAGUUCUACAAUAACCGCCUGACAAACCACGUCAACAGUCUUAUUGUAGACUCUCGCUGCUCCACUUCAAUGCCCACCACAUCAAACACAGAAUGAUGAACGGUGUACCAAAGAAACGUACCAACUUGCGCAUCAAAGCUUUCCCGAUGUCAAUGGAUGAUCAAUUAAUUGAUAAUAUUUGGGUGUUAUUGAAAAAUGCUAUUCAAGAAAUUCAAAAGAAAAACAAUUCUGGUCUAAGUUUUGAAGAACUGUACCGAAAUGCCUAUACCAUGGUAUUGCUGAAACAUGGUGAGAAAUUGUAUACUGGCAUGAAGGAAGCUGUAAUAAACCAUUUAGAAAAUAAGGUCAGAGAAGAUGUUCUAAAGGCAUUAAAUAACAAUUUUUUACAAGUUUUAAAUGUUGCUUGGAAUGACCAUCAAACUUCUAUGGUGAUGAUACGUGACAUAUUGAUGUACAUGGAUCGAGUUUAUGUUAAGCAUAAUGAAGUUGACAAUGUUUAUAAUUUGGGUCUCGUUUUGUUUCGUGAUCUAAUUGUUCGCUAUGGGUAUAUUCGUGAUCAUCUUCGGAUGACUCUGUUGAAUUUGAUAAGACUUGAAAGAAAAGGUGAAGUAGUUGAUCGAAUAGCCAUUAAAAAUGCAUGUCAAAUGUUAAUGAUUCUGGGAAUUACUGGGCGCAUUGUUUAUGAAGAAGAUUUUGAAAAACCAUUUUUGGAACAAUCUGCUGAAUUUUAUAAAAUGGAAAGUCAAAAGUUUUUAGAUGAAAACAGUGCAUGUAUUUAUAUUAGGAAAGUUGAAUCUAGAAUUAUAGAAGAAUCAGAUCGAGCAAAACAUUACCUAGAUGAUUCAACUGAAAGUCGAAUUGUUGAGGUUAUUGAAGUAGAACUAAUUAAAAGAAACAUGAAAACAAUUGUUGAGAUGGAAAAUUCUGGUGUUGUAUACAUGUUGAAGAACAACAAAAUUGAUGAUUUAGCAUGCAUGUACAAGUUAUUAUCUCGUGUUUCUGAAGGUUUAAAAACCAUGUCUGAUAGUGUUAGUUUGUAUCUACGGGAAUUAGGAAAAUCACUUGUGCAAGGAGAAGAUAUUAAUACUAAUGCAGUAAACUAUAUUCAGAGUUUGUUGGAUCUGAAAGACAGAUUUGAUUUUUUUUUGGUUCAUUCUUUUAACAAUGACAAGAUGUUUAAACAAAUGAUUGCUGCUGAUUUUGAAUAUUUUUUCAACAUCAAUUCUAAGUCACCAGAAUAUCUAUCUUUAUUUGUGGAUGAGAAAUUGAAAAAGGGAGUGCGUGGGUUAUCUGAAAAUGAUGUAGAGAUAGUCUUGGACAAAUCUAUGGUUAUUUUCCGCUUUCUUCAAGAAAAAGAUGUAUUUGAAAGGUAUUAUAAACAGCAUUUAGCCAAGAGAUUACUUUUAAAUAAAUCUGUCAGUAAUGACAAUGAAAAGAAUAUGAUCUCAAAACUCAAGACUGAGUGUGGCUGUCAAUUCACUUCAAAACUGGAAGGUAUGUUUAAAGAUAUGUCCAUAUCUAACACUAUAAUGGAAGAAUUUAAGGAAUACGCUGCUAAGUCUAAUAAUCCGUUUUUACAUGCUGUGGAUCUUACUGUGAGAGUAUUAACCACGGGGUUUUGGCCUACCCAUGCAUUAUCAAAAUGCAAUGUGCCGUUAGUUCCUAGGAGUGCUUUUGCAGAAUAUCGAAAAUUUUAUCUGGGGAAACAUAACGGACGACAACUAACAUUGCAACCACAACUUGGGUCAGCUGAUUUGAAUGCUGUAUUCUAUGGUUCAAGACGACCAGACAAUGAAUUAUCGACAAGUGUAUCAAUUUCAGCUAAUUCCCUCAGCUCAUCUUCCGUGCGAAAACACAUAAUUCAAGUGUCGACUUAUCAGAUGUGUAUUCUUUUAAUGUUCAAUACUCAUGAAAAAUUAACUUUUGAAGACAUACGAAGUGAAACUGAUAUUCCUGACAAAGAUUUGAUUAGAGCAUUACAAUCUUUAGCAUUAGGAAAACCCUCACAGCGUAUACUUUUGAAGACUCCCAAAUGUAAAGAAAUAGAAUUAUCUCAUGAAUUCUGUGUUAAUGAGUUAUUUACAUCGAAAUUGCAUAGAGUGAAAAUCCAAACAGUCGCAGCUAAAGGGGAAACUGAACCAGAAAGAAAAGAAACUAGAAGCAAGAUAGAUGAGGACCGUAAGCAUGAAAUUGAAGCUGCAAUUGUACGCGUUAUGAAAUCUCGGAAAAAAUUGAUUCAUAAUACACUUGUGUUGGAAGUUGUAGAACAACUCAAAGUCAGAUUCUUACCUUCUCCGGUUAUUAUCAAAAAAAGAAUUGAAGGACUGAUUGAAAGAGAAUACCUUGCAAGAUCAGCAGAAGAUAGGAAAACUUAUCUUUAUGUUGCAUAAAAUAUGUAUUUAAAAUUGUAUAUUAAGUCUUCCUAUGUAAAAAUUGACAACUGAAUAUUAUACUGGUGUUCACGCUAAGAUAUACCAUUUAUUAUUUCAGCAGGAUGGCCUUUAAUUGAAUUAAAGUCUUACAGACUUGGAUAAACAAUUUUUGUAUAAAGUUUUUUUUAUAUUACAAAAUUAACUAAUUUAGAGUAAAUUGAAUAAUUUGUUUAUCUGUUGGUAACACAUCUUUGUUUUACUCCAAUUUUAUUUUACUCAUUCAUACAACAAUAUAAAGAAUAAUUUAUGAUAACAAAAUUUAACUAGAAAUUUUUAAUUAAAGAUUUGGUUAUAUAUACAAUAGUAAUUAACCCUACACUGCAUAGUUUACAUUUGGCUACAUAAUGGUUUUAUUUGAAAAUAACGAUAUUUUUUUUAAAUACAAAAAAUCAUGCAGUAUAAGGUUAAUUUACAAAUUUGUGUACAAAUAGUAAUAUUUAACACCAUCGUUUUGUAAAAAAAAAAACUGGAAUUUUUCAUAAAGUUCAACUCUAAUAUUGUCAAUUUGGUAAUUUACACAUUUUGUGUAUAAAAAUUUGUCUGUCCGAAACUGUAGAAAUAAAAUGGUGUUGCUAACCAAUAAGGUCAGGUUAGUAGGAAUGUAAAUUUAAUGCUCCCGAAAUCCCUGUUUCAAUCUAAUAUUAUCCGCCUGAAAUAGUGGUACCUCUUAGCAUGACAACACAUGCACAUAUUAAAUUAGGGACCCAUUGUUCCUAUUAAAAAAAAAAAAAAAAAAUCAUAGGAGUAAAUGAACAAAUACUUAAUAGAUUCCUUAAUGUUUUUCAUAGAAAUGGAAUGUAUAUCGAGCAAUGUUAUAAAUGUGUAACAAAUAUACAGGUGCUACACGGUAUCUUAACUUGAUCCAGUGAUAAUUUCCAGUCACUAUUUACAAAAACCAACAAAAUAUUAAUCAUAAGUUUAAUGUGAUAAUGAUUGCUUUCAUCUAUGGUCUUCUUGUAUUGUAAGCAUAAAAUGUGUUUAUUCCAUUUUAAAUAUAUGUAUUAUCAAAUGAACUCGAAUUGUUGUUUAUUUCAGGACAAUCUUUAUUGCACAUAAAUAAAAUUAUAAAAUGUUUUUUUUUUCAUACUGAAAUAUAACCAAUAAUACUUUACUAGAUAAUGAUUAUUAUUGAUACAAAUAAAAUUUAUACAAUAUAUUGUAUAUAUUAUAAUUUUAUAUUUUUUUUUCUUUUGAGUACAUAUAAAUGAAUAAUUGUAUGAAAAAUUAACUUUUAAGUUAACGUGUAUCUAAUGAGCCAUUUUGGUAUUUAUAUGCAAACAAUUUUCUACAUUCCAUUUUUGGAGGAUUUCAGUAUAGUGAAACAUACACACUUUAUGUGUCUUACUAAAUCAUGAAAUUUUUGUUUUACAUUAAUAGUAAUUGUAUUGUUUAGUUUAAUUAAUAUAUAAUGUCCUAGAAAAUUUUUUUUUUGGUUUUUUAUUAACUAGCUAAUA